AUGCAUAUUACUGAAGAGUAUCAUGAUAAACAAAAGAUCACUUCAUUGUCUGUUGAAGAUAAAUCAAAACCAGCCAUCCGUCAAAACCUGUUGAGUAUGCUAGUGUCAAGUUUAAAGGAAGAAGACACAGACCAACGUGGACAGGGUAUAACAAAACAGGAAUUGAUCGAUAAUUUAGCACUACUCAUCUUUGCUGGUUACGAAACAACAUCAACGGUACUCUCCUGGUUUACAUAUUUCGUAUCGAAACGUCCGGAAGUACAACAAAAAAUGAAAGAUGAAAUACGUUUCUACUGUGGUAGUGCACCGUUGACAAUGGAAAAUAUACAAAAACUAGAGUAUGUUGACUGUGUAUUAAAAGAAACACUUCGUCUUGCACCGACGGCCGUGGCAGUUGCACGUCAAUUAUAUGUAGAUGAUACGAUCAAUGGUAUAAGUAUGCGAAAAGGAGAAAAUCUAAUGAUAGCAAUUGCUUGUUUACAUACGGAUCCACGUAACUGGAAGCUAAAUCCAAAUGAAUUUCUUCCGGAACGUUUCUACGGUUCAGAUGCACCUGAUUCCAAACAUCAUCCCUAUGCACUUCUACCGUUUGGUGGUGGGCCACAUGCGUGUGCCGGUCAAGAUUUAGCACAUCUUGAAUUGAAAUUAAUUAUGAUACGAUUAAUGCAAUCAGUUACAUUUUUAGAUGCAUCGGGAAGCAAUGGUGGACAUAUACAACAUCUUACUGUUAUACCAAAGAGUGUAGCAGUGUAUAUAAAAUUUGAUGAUUAG